AUGGAUUGGAGUGGUUGGGAAGAGUCGAGAAGAAUUGGAUUUGACAUCGCUGAAGCCGCCAUAAAAUUCAGUACUGAUAACAGGCAGGCAUUUAUUAUUUCUAAUAACGAUGUAUUAGUUGUGGAGGUAAAAAGUGGUCGUCGUAUGCAGCUUCUAACUCAUCCUGCAAGGAUUGUCAGCCUUUAUUGUGCAUUUCCAGGGAAAGUAAGUCUCGAAACAGUAACUUAUACCACUGAUGGUGCAGAAUAUAUCUGGAGCACUGAUACCUGGACUAUUCUGCGUUGUCGCGAAAUGAAUUGUACACCUCUUAAUGUUUGGCAUUCAUAUGAUACAACUUUGAUGGUGACCAAAGGUGAGGGCAAGGAAUUAAUUGUUACAAAGAUCAACGAAAACGAAAUUCUGCAAAAUCAAGAAAUUCUACGAACUGGGUCCCAUAAUAUUGGACCUUCUCAGUUUGCUGUCACAGCUAAUUAUUUUGUGUGUUGUGAGAAACUCUUUGUAUAUCUGUACACUUUUGGUGAAAAUGGAGUUAAACGAUUCAAAUAUAUUGGUAAAGCUGAUUUUAUGGAUUCAUCAUUGCUGGAAUUUAUAAGCAUUACAGCACGUGGCGAUACAGUGGCAGCCUCAAUAUCAUUUGGCCGUGUUUUUAUAUGGAAUAAUGUGAGUCGAAAAGGCAUCAAUACGUUCAGUUACUCAGUACAUUGGCAUAAAUGGGCUCCGUGCUUAGCUCUAACCGAAUCUAAUACCUUAUUUUCUGCUGGCGAUGAAGGUGUUUUGGCAAAAUUUGCUCUCUCAGAAUUAAAAUCGAUUUCUAAGCCGCAGCUGUUACCAAGAUUGCAGGCACCAGUUCGAAGACUUAGUCUUUCUGAAGAUAGUUCUAUUAUAGCGAUUGUACUGGCUGAUAACUCGGCACAUUUCAUUCUCAAUUCAACACUUAAUGUUCUUUCGUCAGUAGAAUCAAUUCUUUGUUCUCCGAAAAAAUCGCUGUUUCCUCUUACUGAGGAUCCUCUCUAUCCAAAUUAUGUUGUACACAGUGCGCGUCCUGGUUUUAUGCAAUGGAUUGUACCAUCUACAAUGACUUCAAUCGCAACGGCUGAUGUAUCUAGAGAGAAUCCGGUAGAAGGAGAAAAUAUUUUUUCUGAUACAACGGGUUACAUGGACAUUUGUGAAGUUGCAUUAUCACAGACAAUGGUAGUAACCGCUGAUUGUGAUGUCGGUUUUGAUAUAUCAAGUAAUCGGUUGCAGUUUUGGCGUCGAAAUAAAGAUUUGGGUUCUUUUGCUUUAGAAUAUUGCGAGCUGUGUGGUGAUAGAGUUAUAAAAUUUAUUCGAGCCUGUCUUGACUUUGACAUGUUCAUUACUGCUGACAAUAAGGGAAUUUUGUGCAUCUGGGAAAGGAUGGAAAAUGAUGAGAAAAAGUGGUGUAAGUUCAGCGAAGUUCACUGGAUGGGUGUUCCUAUUUUGCAUAUGUCAAGGAUACAAAAAUCACAUUUUGCUACGAUUCAUGAUAUUAAUGGGAAGAAUGAUGGAGUUGUUGCACUGUGGAGUAUGGAACAGGGAAAAUAUCCACGUGUAGUUCACGUCCAUCAGGGUAACGACAAACUUACAGCAGUGGAAUGGGGUCCUCCGAAUAGUGCAAACUUGCUUAUUAUAUCAUCCAAAAGUUGUAUCUACGCUUUUAAUGUAUACACUCUUGCACCAUUAUGGAUUGUUUGUGAACCAGAUUUAAGACUCGCUGUAACAUCACAAUUUACGGUUGCAUAUAAUAAAAACGUUAUUUCUGUGAUCGAUAGCUCUUCCGGUACCUUACUGUGUCAGAGGAAAUUAAACGCGAAUUUAGAAAGUGUUAUUGCUGUUGGAGAGGGCCGAACGUUUACAGUGAUUGCUGCUUAUGAAAAGGGCUAUGGGGUGAUCGCAAGGUCGGAAUUGCUAGAAGAAGCGCAAAAGCAAUUGUAUGCAAGGAAUACAAAAUUGAAGAAGACUCCGUUCUCAAAUUUAUUAACUGUUGGCAAGAAAGAAGUUAAAAACAGCGAAGUUCCUGUAGAAAUUUUAUCCAAUUUGGAAAUCUUCUCUGGACCAUCAUAUUCACUUGCACCUAUGCCGUAUUUGGCUCAGAAGUUCAUUCGUUCAUGUUUUUUGUUACCUCAACAGUUAUGA